AUGGCGCGACUCUGCAAAAUGUUCAUAACUGGUUUUUUGUUUGACGGCAUUUCGAGUGUUCCCUCUUCUCCUCUUCUUACCUCCGCCUCCGAGUCCCUUCUUUUGCCAACCAUGGGCAACAGUACCUCUACCCUGCCGCCUGCAUCCCAGCCAGGGUCUCCUCUCCAACUCUGCCUCAAUAAUGUGCUACCAACCGCUGCAGUGUCAUAUCCUCAAACAUUCCUGUAUGAGCCCAUCGCGGUAAAAACGUAUAACACGCGAAUUCCCGUCAUUCCAGCCGCGGUGACGCGUCCUUCAACGACUAAGGAUAUUGUGGGCAUUCUCAACUGUGCUGCUGCCAGCGAUGUCAAGGUACAAGCUCGCUCGGGUGGCCACAGCUAUGGCAACUACGGUCUGGGUGGAGAGGACAACGCUGUUGUCGUUGACAUGGUCAACUUCCAGCAGUUCAGCAUGGAUAAAAAUACAUGGAAAGCCAAGAUUGGCUCUGGGACUCGGUUGGGCGACGUAACCAAGAAGCUGCACGAUGCUGGUGGACGGGCAAUUGCUCAUGGAACUUGUCCUGACGUUGGUAUUGGAGGACAUGCGACGAUUGGCGGCCUGGGUCCUCUCUCGCGACAAUGGGGAGCGGCGUUAGACCACAUUGUGGAGGUUGAGAUUGUAUUGGCGGACGGAACAGUAACGCGAAGCAACUCGACUUACAAGCCGGAUAUUCUAUGGGCCGUGAAAGGCGCCGCCGCUUCGUUCGGCGUUGUGACUGAAUUUGUGGUACAAACACAUCCAGAGCCAGGCUCUGUCGUUCAAUAUUCCUACACAGUGCAACUUGGUAGCCACAAAAACAUGUGGCCGACGUUCGCUGCCUGGCAAGACAUCGCCUCGGACCCCAAACUCGACCGCAAGCUGGCCAGUCAACUUAUCAUCCUUCCCUUCAGCAUGAUCAUUAGUGGAACAUACUUCGGCACCAAGGCAGAGUACGACGCACUUGGCUUUGAAAAGAGACUCGCAACCAACGCCACGAAUGUUGCUGUCACGACUGCCGACGAUUGGCUCGGUACCGUCCUCAACUGGGCAGAGAAUGAGGCGUUACAGCUUCUUGGUGGAAUUCCUAGCUCCUUCUACGCAAAGAGCCUGACCUUCAACCAAAACAACCUCAUUCCACGAACGGGAAUCAAAGACUUCUUCGACUACCUGGACAACACCGCCGCUGGCACUCUGCUCUGGUUUGCCAUCUUCGACCUCGAGGGUGGUGCAGUGAACGAUGUUGCUCCCGAUGCCACUGCCUAUGGUCAUCGUGAUGCUCUGUUCUACUUCCAAGCCUACGCCCUCGAUCUGAUCAAGCUUUCGGACACAAGCAUGAAGUUCGUUGAGGGCAUGAUCAAUACCCUUUCUGGUUCGAUUCCUGGCAAGGGUCUCGGCGCAUAUGCCGGCUACGUAGAUCCGCUACUUGACAACGCUCAGGCUGAAUACUGGACGACGAACUUACCCAAGCUCACCCAAGUGAAGAAGGUUCUGGAUCCUCUGGACCGCUUCCAUAACCCACAAAGUGUACCCGUCGCUGCAUAG